GGCAAAUGUAUGGUAUUUUCUGGAAAUAAACAACGAAAGCUGAGAAGCGGGUAUUUUUCGAUUAUUCCUUGAAGGAACCCUUUUUAAUGGACUCCUUGAAACUGUAGCUGUGCCCACAGGAUCAAUGUCUUUUCUGCGCUGGGUGUCCGAGAAGCUGAGUGUGGAGAGCUUAAGGGAUCUGGAAUUAUUUGGAGAGCAAGCUCAGGGGAGCGCUCACGGGAAAGACCAUGAUGACAGCUACGAGUCUCUGACCUCUCUUCCUCGCCAGGACAGCAUGGGGAGCUUCCUGCCUGACAGCUCCUCCUAUGAGCUCCUCACUGUCAUUGGCAGAGGGCUGGAGGGCCUAAUGACGGUCAAUCUGGCCAGAUACCGGCCCACGGGGGAGCACGUGGCCGUCCGCCGCAUAGACCUGGAGUCCUGCACCAACGACAUGGUCAACUACUUGCAGGGGGAACUCCAUGUGUCCAAGCUGUUCCACCACCCUAGCAUCCUGCCCUAUAAGAGCAUCUUCAUCUCCGAGAAUGAACUUUGGGUCAUCACCCCCUUCAUGGCCUACGGCUCGGCGAGGGACCUGAUCAACACGCACUUCUCCGAUGGCAUGAGCGAGCUGGCCAUCGCCUACAUCCUGCAGGGAGUCUUGAAAGCCCUGGAGUACAUCCACCACAUGGGCUAUGUGCACAGGAGCGUGAAGGCAAGCCACGUGCUCAUUUCUGCGGAGGGCCACGUGUUCCUGUCAGGGCUGCGCGGCAUCUUCAGCCUGAUCCGCCACGGCCAGCGGACGCGCGUCGUCCACCACUUCCCCCAGUACAGCGUCAAAGUGCUGCCCUGGCUCAGCCCGGAGGUGCUGCAGCAGAACCUGCAGGGGUAUGACUUCCGCUCGGACAUUUACAGCGUGGGGAUCACGGCCUGUGAGUUGGCCAAUGGACACGUGCCCUUCAAAGACAUGCACGCCACGCAGAUGCUCCUGGAGAAGCUGAACGGUACGGUGCCCUGCCUGCUGGACACCAGCACCAUCCCCCCCGAGGAGCUCUCCAUGAAGCCCUCGCGCUCCGGGGCCGACUCCGGCAUCUGCGAGGGCCCCGGGGCUGGUGGGUCGCGCCACACCAAUGGGGAUCCCUCCGGCUCAGGGCCCCACCCCUACAGCCGCGCCUUCAGCCCCCAGUUCCACGCCUUCGUGGAGCUCUGUCUGCAGAGGAACCCUGAGAAGAGGCCGUCUGCCAGUGCACUGCUUGGCCACUCCUUCUUCAAGCAGAUUAAGAGGCGCCCCUCCGAGGCUCUCCCAGAGCUGCUGCAGCCCGUGACAGCCUUCACUAGCUUUGACUACGCUCAGCUGCCCGACUCCCCAACGGGCCUGGCCAGCCUGGAGUCCAGCCUGAGUCACCUGGACGUGGACGACUGGGAUUUCUGACGACAAAGACACCGGAGGGACUGAUCAAGCAGCCGCAGCUGUGGUUGCCUUUUAGACUCUCCCAACUGUGGACUGGAGCCAUUUUUGAUCUGUAAAUAUUGCACUGCUGACUGAAGGUCUUAAGAGCUGAGGAAAACUGGGGGUGUCUUGUUCCUCUCCUCUCAGGACACAUGUGCUGCUAGUGGCUGGAGAGGCGCAUGGUGGCCAAUGACAGGCCAUGGGACUCCCCAGCAGCAUGUGCCAUCCUGCCUCUGCAGCAGUGUUAAUGAAUGCCUGGAGACACUUUCAUUUGGUGCUUGGUGGGGGAAGGUGCACCCCUCUUUGUUUAGGCUGGCUCUGAAGAACUGAAAACAUGCACGAACAGACACAUACAUAGAUACAUACAUAUACACACACACACUCACACACACAAAUACACACAUACCUCUACUGAGCCGUGGUGAUUUAGUCCCACAGUGAUGGUUAGGUCAGAUAAGGGCUGUGCCCUUUCUCAAAGUUGACUAAUAACUCCGGAAGCUAUUCCUGUUUGCUUUCCUUCUACUUUAAACCCUCUGAAAUCUUUUUUUACUUGAAAUGCCAUAUGAAAAUAUAGUUAAUUAUAGAUCACUGACUACUUUGCAAAGGCAAACUUGAUUUUUUUUAUUGUAGAGUACACAGCUGGCAAUAUACAGCAUCAUGGAUCAAACUUACAUGAAAUAUUUUCACACAUCCCUUCUUAAAUUUGAGUCAGUUUUAUGGUGAUAGAUAUUUGUGUGAAAAAUUCAAUACCCUGUCACCUUCAGUCUGUUCCUUGCUGUUAUGUGUAGGAUUGUGGGGUUAGUAACUUUAGUCCCUUCAUGAUUUGCUCACCAGUAUUGCUGCCUGAGGUAAGGAAGAACAGACUGCUCCUCUGUCAAGUCAAAUAAACAAGCAGAACUUUGGCAUUGGGUUUUUGGUUUUAUUUACUUGCUAUUAU